AAAAUUAUUAGCCAAAGAACAAUUAUGGGAUUAUGCCAAUCUGCAGAGGACAAAGAACUGACGUUGAAAUCAAAAGCGAUCGAUAAGGAAAUGAUGCAGAACCAUAUGUCACAGCAAAAAGUUGUGAAGCUUCUGCUUUUGGGUGCUGGAGAAUGUGGAAAAAGUACGGUUCUGAAACAAAUGAGGAUUCUUCACGAUCACGGAUUUACUGCAGAAGAGGCUGAACAACAGAAAAGUGUCGUUUUCAAUAAUACCCUUCAAGCAAUGACUGCAAUUCUGAAAGGAAUGGAAGCACUUCGAAUGACCUUUGAUAAGCCAAUUCGAGAAAAUGAUGCAAAAUUUGUGAUGGAGUCUCAUAAAAUGCUCCAAGAAGCGAAAGUUUUCCCAGAAGAAUUAGCAAAUGCCAUUCAAGCAUUAUGGAAUGAUAAAGCCGUUCAGCAAGUUAUUGCAAAAGGAAAUGAGUUCCAAAUGCCUGAAAGUGCACCACAUUUUCUAUCAAGUCUUGAUCGUAUCAAGUUACCCGAUUAUAAUCCAACUGAACAGGAUAUUCUUCUGUCUAGAAUCAAGACAACUGGAAUUGUUGAAGUUAAAUUUCAAAUGAAAAGUGUAGAUUUUAGGGUAUUUGACGUUGGAGGUCAACGAUCAGAGAGAAAGAAAUGGAUUCAUUGUUUUGAAGAUGUUAAUGCAAUUAUUUUCAUCGCUGCAAUUUCAGAAUAUGAUCAAGUUCUGUUUGAAGAUGAGACGACGAAUCGAAUGAUUGAAUCAAUGAGGCUGUUUGAAUCAAUUUGUAAUUCACGAUGGUUCAUCAAUACUUCAAUGAUUCUUUUCUUAAAUAAGAAGGAUUUGUUUGCCGAGAAGAUUAAAAGAACUUCAAUUAAAUCCGCAUUCCCAGACUAUAAAGGUGCACAAACCUACGACGAAUCGUGUCGAUAUAUUGAGGAAAAGUUUGAUGGAUUGAAUGCAAAUCCAGAAAAGACGAUUUACAUGCAUCAGACGUGUGCAACAGAUACAGAUCAAGUACAAAUGAUUUUGGACUCAGUGAUUGAUAUGAUUAUCCAGGCCAACUUGCAAGGAUGCGGCCUCUAAAAUGCGAUUGCUGCUCCUAUGUGUAUCUUCUUUAUUUCCAUCUCGUCUUCUCCUCAACUUCUUCUACAGAAAUCUAUUUCCGACGGGUAUCUACCAUUUAAAAAUCAUUAAUUUAUAUGUGCAUAAUCUUUUAUUUACUAACACAUUCCCAUUUCUAGAAUCUUUUCUCUCUGGUGGUGUCAUCUUUUAGUUUUUAUACAUUUUCGUGUUCUUCUAGUUUUUCAACAAAACAACUUUUUAUGUUUUCCCGAGAGUUUAUAAUAUUCCCCUUCUCAUGUAUUCCAUUCGAUGUGGCCGGUGUCUUUAAUUAUUGUGACACAGUUGAAAUUCCCCAACUUCAAUAGUCUCUUUAAAUAUGUUCCCCUUUGAAUAUAUAUUUGUCCCUUAUUUUUUCUUUUCGAAUGUGGUGCAAAAGUGCAUAACAUUUUCUUAUGUAACCCAAUUUGAUCAAAACCUGAAAACAAUAAAAAUUUUAAAUAAGA